ACAAACACACUUCACUCUUUCUUUCCAUUGAAACAAGAAUAAUGAAGGAGAGAUCAAAACCAUGGAGACCCUUCACUUCAAACUGUUGUUCAGCUGAAAACCAAACCAUUUUCAGCAACUUCAGCCGAUGUAAAACAUCUAAAUCAGAUUUCUCUAAGGACAUUGCGCCGUUGCCUUCGUUUCGAAGACUAUCUUUCUCUGAUUUGAGUCGUUCUUCAUCUGCGCGAAUCAAUGAGGAUAUUGCGCAGUCGUUCGGACCUGAUUUGUAUGAUUUUCAAUUGAGUGAAUUACGUUCCAUCACUCAGAAUUUUUCUACCAAUUUUCUGCUUGGAGAAGGUGGAUUCGGAACUGUGCAUAAGGGCUAUGUUGAUGAUAAUUUGAGGCAGGGAUUGAAGGCUCAGGCUGUUGCUGUUAAGCUUUUGGACAUUGAAGGCCUCCAAGGACACCGAGAAUGGCUUGCAGAAGUAAUAUUUCUGGGACAGCUGAGGCAUGGACAUUUGGUUAGAUUGAUUGGGUAUUGUUGCGAGGAAGAAGAACGUCUCCUUGUAUAUGAGUUCAUGCCUCGGGGGAGCUUAGAAAAUCACUUAUUCAAAAGGAUCUCAAUAUCAUUGCCAUGGGGAACAAGAUUGAAGAUAGCAAUCGGAGCGGCCAAAGGGCUAGCCUUCUUGCAUGGGGCUGAGCAACCUGUCAUAUACAGAGACUUCAAAACUUCCAAUAUUUUACUUGAUUCUGAUUUCACAGCUAAAUUAUCAGAUUUUGGACUUGCCAAGAUGGGUCCUGAGGGAUCCAAUACUCAUGUCACCACUCGAGUCAUGGGUACCUAUGGAUAUGCUGCCCCUGAAUAUAUCUCUACAGGUCAUUUAACUACAAAGAGCGACGUUUAUAGUUUCGGAGUAGUACUACUAGAACUACUAACAGGGAGAAGAUCAAUGGACAAAACAAGGACAAAGAGUGAGCAAAACCUAGUUGAUUGGGCAAAACCGUACUUAAAAAGCAGCAGGAGAUUGCGCUAUAUAAUAGACCCAAGACUUGCCGGCCAAUAUUCAGUGAAAGGAGCCAAGGAGAUGGGCAUUUUGGCCCUGCAAUGCAUAAGUUUGAACCCCAAAGACAGGCCGAGAAUGCCAGCCGUCGUUGAAACUCUUGAAAGCCUGCAAAAUUUCAAGGACAUGGCGAUUUCUUGUGGGCAAUGGCCAGUUUCAUCACCAAAAUCAACUAAAAAUGGAGUUUCUCCUAGAAAUGGGAAUUAUAGAAAAUCCUAUCCUGGAACUCCAAUCAGAAAAUCAUGAUUAUGAAGGUAGUUAAAUUAAGAUUUAUAAUCAAUAGUGUGUAUAUUAAGGUAAAGUUUAAUUACUUGUGUAUAUGUACAUAUCUAUGUGUGUAAAAAUGUGAAUGAUAUAUAUAUAUAUAUA